GGCCUUGAAUGGCCUCACACUCCACUACUGUAGGUGGUGGUGUAUGCACCACACGGAUGCGAUCCGCCAAUACAAAUGUAAAGAAGAAGAGCUCAAGAGAACGUUGUGAAGGCACUUUGCGGACAAAGCUUUAACAAAUAGCUACAGUAGAUACUUUUUAUUUAUACACAUUAGCUAUUUCAGGAGGAGUAACACCAUGGCCUCGGGAGGAGAAUCCAAAAAUGAUGAUCUUUCCACUGCAAUUCUGAAGCAGAAGACCAGACCUAACAGAUUGAUUGUUGAUGAAUCCAUCAAUGAAGACAACAGUGUGGUCUCUCUCUCUCAGGCAAAGAUGGAUGAGCUGCAGCUGUUUCGUGGAGACACAGUGCUGAUGAAGGGGAAGAAGCGCAGGGAGUCAGUAUGUAUUGUUUUGUCUGACGACACCUGCUCUGAUGAGAAGAUCCGCAUGAACCGUGUGGUCCGCAACAACCUCCGCGUCCGUCUGGGGGAUGUCAUCAGUAUCCAGCCGUGUCCUGAUGUGAAGUAUGGCAAGAGGAUCCACGUUCUGCCUAUUGAUGAUACAGUGGAGGGAAUCACUGGCAAUCUAUUUGAGGUCUACCUCAAACCCUACUUCCUAGAGGCCUACAGGCCCAUCCGCAAGGGUGAUAUCUUCCUGGUUCGGGGGGGUAUGCGUGCGGUGGAGUUCAAGGUGGUGGAGACUGACCCCAACCCCUAUUGCAUCGUUGCCCCCGAUACCGUCAUCCACUGUGAGGGAGAGCCUAUCAGGAGAGAGGAUGAGGAGGAGUCCCUGAAUGAGGUGGGCUAUGACGAUAUCGGAGGAGUGAGGAAGCAACUGGCUCAGAUCAAGGAGAUGGUGGAGCUGCCACUCAGACACCCUGCACUAUUCAAGGCUAUAGGAGUCAAGCCCCCCCGUGGUAUCCUGCUGUACGGACCCCCCGGUACAGGAAAGACCCUGAUUGCCAGAGCUGUCGCUAAUGAGACUGGAGCCUUCUUCUUCCUCAUCAACGGUCCUGAGAUCAUGAGUAAGCUGGCUGGAGAGAGUGAGAGCAACUUGAGGAAGGCCUUCGAGGAGGCUGAGAAGAACUCUCCUGCCAUCAUCUUCAUUGAUGAGCUGGACGCUAUCGCUCCAAAGAGAGAGAAGACCCAUGGAGAAGUGGAGAGGCGUAUUGUGUCUCAGCUGCUGACCCUGAUGGACGGGCUGAAGCAGAGGGCUCAUGUCAUUGUCAUGGCAGCCACCAACAGACCCAACAGCAUAGACGCUGCACUUAGGAGAUUUGGGCGUUUUGACAGGGAGGUGGACAUUGGAAUCCCUGAUGCUACAGGCAGACUGGAAAUCCUGCAGAUCCACACCAAGAACAUGAAACUGAAUGACGAUGUUGACCUUGAACAGGUGGCUAAUGAGACCCACGGCCACGUGGGUGCUGACCUGGCUGCCCUGUGCUCUGAGGCUGCUCUCCAGGCCAUCAGGAAGAAGAUGGACCUAAUCGACUUGGAGGACGAGACCAUCGAUGCGGAGGUCAUGAACUCCCUGGCCGUUACCAUGGACGACUUCAGGUGGGCUCUGAGCCAGAGUAACCCAUCAGCUCUGAGGGAGACGGUGGUAGAGGUUCCUAACAUCACCUGGGGGGACAUUGGAGGACUGGAAGAUGUCAAGAGGGAGUUGCAGGAACUGGUGCAGUACCCAGUGGAGCACCCUGAUAAGUUCCUGAAGUUCGGUAUGACCCCUUCUAAGGGAGUGUUGUUCUACGGGCCCCCGGGUUGCGGUAAGACCCUGCUGGCCAAGGCCAUUGCCAACGAGUGCCAGGCCAACUUCAUCUCCAUCAAAGGACCUGAGCUUCUCACCAUGUGGUUCGGAGAGUCUGAGGCUAAUGUCAGGGAGAUCUUUGACAAGGCUCGCCAGGCAGCCCCGUGUGUGUUGUUCUUUGACGAGCUGGACUCCAUAGCGAAAGCCCGUGGGGGUAAUGUGGGAGACGGUGGCGGAGCGGCCGACCGUGUCAUCAACCAGAUCCUGACUGAGAUGGACGGCAUGUCCAGCAAAAAGAACGUCUUCAUCAUCGGCGCCACCAAUCGCCCUGACAUCAUUGACCCUGCCAUCCUUCGACCCGGCCGUCUGGACCAGCUUAUUUACAUCCCUCUGCCUGACGAGAAGAGCAGGAUCAACAUUCUCAAGGCUAACCUCCGAAAGAGCCCCAUUAGCAAGGAUGUUGAUCUGGACUUCCUGGCUAAGAUGACCAAUGGGUUCUCGGGUGCUGACCUUACAGAAAUCUGCCAGCGGGCCUGUAAGCUGGCCAUCAGAGAGUGCAUCGAGAACGAGAUUCGCCGAGAGAGGGAGAGGCAGACCAACCCUUCUGCUAUGGUCAUUUCACACACACACACACACCUCGUUCACGCCAUCUCUUUCUCUCCGUCUACUUUUCUUUUUCAAUUACCCCCCUUCCACCCUCCCUCUAUUCUCAUUUCCAGGAGGUGGAGGAGGAUGACCCUGUGCCAGAGAUCAGGAAGGACCACUUUGAGGAGGCCAUGCGAUUCGCCCGCCGCUCCGUCAGCGACAAUGACAUCCGCAAAUACGAGAUGUUUGCCCAGACACUGCAGCAGAGCCGAGGCUUUGGCAGCUUCAGGUUCCCAUCCAGUGCUGCAGGGGGCAGUGGUCCAAGCCAGGGUACCGGGGGAACAGGCGGGGGGCCAGUGUUUAACGAGGAUAACGAUGACGACCUGUAUGGAUAGAUGGACAGACAGACUGACGGAUGGUGCCACAUAGUGGCCAGCUCUUAUGUGAUCACACCUGUACAAACAUUCAAACCUGAUUGACCAUUUUUUUAGGACUCAUCUUUCUUUCAUGUUUUUUGUUGUUGUUGUUGUUUGAUUCCUCUCUGGUGGCGAAAGCGUGUAGCUACCUGGUUUGAUCCGUCCUCAAACUGGAAGCUUCCGGUUUCUACAGACCCCGCUCAGGCGUUUCUUUUACUGCCUGCUACGGGAAAGCAGGGCAGUGGAUAGAGGUGAAAAGUUAAAGGUGAUAGGUUGACUGUGGGGGGGGGGGUGUUGAGUGGCCUCUGAGUUUAUUAUCACAACCCUAUGUUACCAGCUAUAAGAAAGAAAGAAAAAUAUUGGUAAUUACUUUUUUAUGAAUAGUAGCAUGUAAUGUAUGACGACAAGUUUGAAAAUAAAAUCUCACAAAAUGA